GCGAGCUAGUACCAUCUGAUGGCAGUACUACAUUAACUGCGGGUAACGAAAGUCUCAGGCAAUACAGUGCAGUUAUAAUUUAUUCACAUUCUUCACCUACUCUGCUUCAUCGACAGUGACCAGUGUUUUCAUUUUCGUAAUUCUCGGUCAGAGAAUUAUUUUACUUAACAAAAUUUGAGUGUCGAAACAAAAGAUUGAAAAUGCCGUCGGACACGGAGGUCCUUCCAGAUUUAGAUCUUGGAGAGCCUCCCCAAGAGCUCCUGGAUUGGGCUAGAGAACAUCUGAACGAAAAUCCUGAAACGCGAGAUCAAGUCUUGCAGGAUUUCAGGGAUAUGAUAUUCGAAAGGGGAGAGUGUAUUCCACAUAGGACAGACGAUGCUUUUUUAUUGAGAUUCUUGCGUGCAAGAUUUUUUAUAAUAGAAAGAGCACAUAGAAUGUUAGUAAAUUAUUACGAUUUUAAAGAGAGCAAUCCAGAAUUUUACAAGGGCGUUAAUUUAAAAAAAUUGUUAAAAAUGGGCGAUGAUGCAAUCAUUUCAGUACCGCCUUAUAGAGAGCAAGCCGGUAGAAGAAUUUUGUUAUACAGAAUGGGUAAUUGGGAUCCAGAAAAGUUAUCUACCGACGAAAUAUUCCAAGCAACCAUGAUCGUGCUCGAAUUGGCCAUUUUGGAACAAAGAGCGCAAAUUUUGGGCGGCAUUUGCAUCUUCGAUUUGGGGGGACUGUCGCUCCAACAGGCCUGGUACAUGACGCCCUCUAUCGCCCACAAAGUUAUUCAAAUCAUGGUGACUUCGUUCCCAAUGAAGAUUCACGCGCUUCACAUAGUCAACCAAUCCUGGAUAUUCGACAUAAUUUACAACAUUUUCAAGCCGUUCUUGGACGAAAGGAUGAAAGAGAAAAUUUUCUUCCACGGGGACGACAUGGAGAGCCUCCAUCAGCACAUCGAUCCCAAACAUUUGCCCGAAAGAUAUGGUGGAAUCCAUCCAGACUACAACUACAACGACUGGAUAGAAAACUUUGAAAAGAACGACAAAAUCGUCCAAGAAUUGAAAUCUUUGGGCUAUAACGACUAUCGAAAUGACCCAGAAAUAAUAGAAAACGAACAGAAUUUAUAAAAUUGGGAACAAUAAACGGGACUGUGUCUAAUAUUAUUUAGGGCUAGCCGAUUAUCAAAAUAAAACGAUUAUUUUCGAUUAAUUUGAUGGAGAUUUGGCAAUAAAACUAUUCAUUGCGUUACUUUGAUUUUAGCGCCCUCUAGCUUGAUAAAAAAUUGUUGCAUAUUGUGUGUCACUUCAUUUGAAAGCUAAUUUAAUUACUAAUUCAACCUUUUUUAUGUCAAUUAUUCGAAUAAUAAAAUUCAAAUUUUGAUUAAUCGAAAAUAAUGGAUAAUUCCAAAAAUCGACUAAUCGAAAAUAAUCGACCAAUCAUAAAUAAUCGAUUAAUCGACUAAUCGAAAAUAAUCGACCAAUCGAAAAUAAUCGAUUAAUC